AUGGAAGAGGCAGAGAGCGGCGGACGGGAGCCCGAGCCCCGGUGCGCCGAGCAGACUGAGCUGCUCUCAUUAAUAAUAAGCGGAGAAGAAGAGGAAGCGACGCCAGAGGAGAGUGAGCUGGGAGAAGAGGAUGGUCUUGCCAACGGCCAUGGUGAGGAGGAAUCGGGGGCUGACAUGGUCACACCUGUCAGAUCUCCAGGUACCAGCUACUGGAGCAUCACCGAGGGUCCUGACCAUCCCUUGCUCCUCUCCCUGGCCCCUGGGCCCUCUGGACGAAAACCCAGGGUGCAGAGGGCCUCACGCCCAGGCCUCAGCCGGAUCCCAGGUCGGGACCACCGCCGCUACUACCACGAGUACUGGCGUAGUGAGUACCUGAUGGACUUUGACCCCCAGCGGCAUGGGAUGAUCUGCAUGGUGUGCGGCAGCUCACUGGCCACUCUGAAGCUCAGCACCAUAAAGAGACACAUAAGGCAGAAGCACCCAGACUCCCUGCUGUGGAGUGCUGCCGACAAGGAGGUGAUCCGCUCGGGCUGGGAGAGCCACCUGAGCCUGGGGGGGAGUCAGAGGUCGUACAGCUCUACUGCUGGACCUUUACCACAGGAAGAAGAAGAGCAGCUGGACUCAGGCCAACAUGCUGCUGAUCUCCUGGAUCCUGUGACUCCCCAUGAGCAGCCACAACAAGCCCUCAGUCUGUCUCCCAAGUCUGAGGAGGUUGAAGUCCCGCAGACCCAGGAGGAGGAUGAGCAGGAUCUCUCAGGACCAUCAGCUCAAACUUUGGAGCGCUACCUGAAUGACUCACUGCACGCUUGGUUCCGUCAGGAGUUCCUGAUGGAGUACGAAGCAGAGGCGGGCCGGCUAAUGUGCAUGGUGUGCGGAGGAGAGCUACCCUCCCUUCACCUUGACCACAUCAAGAGCCAUGUGCUGGACACCCACCCUAACUCCUUGGUCUACAGCUCAGAGGAGAAGCACUGCAUCCUUCAGGCCUGGGCUCAGACUCAUGAAGAUUCAGAAAACUCAAUCAAAUCAGAGCCCAGCACCAAAGAAGAAGGCAUGGACCUAUUUGCUCAGGAUGCGGAGGCCAUCCAGAUCAACACUGACUUGUACCCAGAAAGCGAUGGCACUUUAACUCAGGAAACGUGUCUCAUUGGUGAGGACGGCGGCGUAGGAGCUCCGCAACAGGGAUCGCAGCCCCUUCGUCAGCCCAGGAAGAGGCGGCUGCCUGGGGGCGACCCAUGGCGGCUCCGCCUCGACUACCUGGUGGCCUAUGGGCCUCAGGGCCAGGACACGUUCUGCAUGGUGUGUUCUCAGGUCCUGCACGAAACCAAGGUCAGCAGCUUCCGGCGCCACAUAAAGGAAUGUCACCCUGAGACCACAACCCUCAGCCGACAAGAAAGGGAAGCCAUGGCUGCUGCCUGGACCAAAGAUUAUUCUAGUGACGACAUGCAAACUCAAGAUGAAAUCAACCUUAGAGAAGCUACUACAGGAGAGACAUGUGAGGACGCCUGCCCAGACAUCACGACACCCAGUAAGACGGUGAAGAAGGAGGAAGGUGUGAGUGGACGAAGGGUGAAAGUGAAGGACAGCGGCACCGCAGCCACACCCUCUCGUCACAGCCAUUACCCCGGGAAGGACCAGAGGAGGAACUACCAGGUGCGUUGGCGGAUGGAAUUCCUGAUGGACUACGACUGCAGGAGACACGGGCUGAUCUGCAUAGUGUGUGGAGCCACUCUGGCCACGUUGAAGGUCAGCACCAUCAAGAGGCACAUCCAGCAGGUGCACCCCCACUCUCUGGACUACAGCCCAGAGGAGAAGCAGCAGGCUAUGCUGAGCUACAACCAGAUCGCCUUGCACUUCACCCACUCCGAUGACUGCUUCUCCUCCCCGGACCACGGGCACACAGAGCUGGCUCCAACUCCAGCACACUUUGGCACUUAAAAAGGGCUUCUGUCCGUUGCUGCUCAGAAGUCCCAUGUCAAGAAACAGCUCUUCAUUAUCUUUGUUACAGGGACGUUCAGAUCAAACAUGGUCUUACUGUCCUAUUCCCGCUCCUUGUCUUCUUUAACUUUGUUACCAAAUCUAUACAAUCAGGUGACUAGCUGUCUCAAUGGUCAGAAAUAUGAGAGUAAGACCCAGGUUGAGAAACACAAGAAUUCUAAAUCUGAGAAUAUUGUUGUAGGCGAAGGUGCAGAUUGUAAACUGCUGCAAAGGAAAUGAGACAACCUAAAAUGUCAUGGCCUGAAAAUCUCAAAGUCCAUCCACUCAUUUGAAACUAAAGCCUUAUUUGCACGGGAACAGUAUUACACAAGGACCUCAUGUGAUUGUUUAGGAACUGCACAUUUGCAUGGAUGCACAAAAUCUGAGCUUUACAGAUAGGUCUUUCGAAUCCUAAUCCUUUUUAACAAGUGAUACCAUUGUUACCAUAGAUAACAAUACUGACCCAGUAGUUAAUGCUAUCCCGAAACUAUACUAUGUGUAUUGGAAUACCAAGGGGUCUUAUACAUAUACACAUAUGAUAUGUAUAUGCACACACACAUCUGUUUAAUCAGAUCAUAAUCAGUCCGCUUAAAUGUGGGCAAAUACAACAUGGAACUGCACAUAUGGCAUACUGUGUAGAAUGUGUUUUUAGGGAAACAUACUAAAUACUGAAUGGGAUCCCCAGUUAAUUAUGGGCCCUUUAAGACCAACUUUUAUGAUUUCACAGCAUAAAUUGUUGUGUUUAGUGGAAUUUCUCACAGAACCUUUGACAUCCAAAUAUGUUCCUCUGACCAAAAAACAAACGGUCAAGACAUUGUUGACCUUUGAGGUAACGGAGAGCUGGAUGCAAGCUAACAUAGAAGCUGUACUGGAACUUCUUAUUUUAAAUAAUCCCCUGCUGAAGACUAAAGCUCCCAACAGAGGCAUUCAUCGUAUUCCCAUGGCAUGUAUUUAACCACCUCCCAGUGUGAUACCAGAAGAAAUUAGUUCCUAUGAAAUUUUAACAGCAUGGCUUCAAAACCGUUUCACACACAUGUGGCUGCUAGUGCUAACAUGUUCCUGUCAGCUCAGUAGCUACAAGUUAACUUCACAAGUGGUUACUUUAUGUUGUCAGCACCACAUGGUGCGGCUGUGGCUGAGGGGUAGAGUGGUCGUCCUCCAACCUGAAGGUUGGCUGAAGGUUGGAGGAUCCCCAGUCUUCCACGUCUGCCUGUGUGUCCUCGGGCAAGAUGCUGAACCCCGAAUUGCCCCUCAUAGAAAAAGAAAGUACUGCUAAUAGAUGCACUGUAUGAAUGGGCGAAUGUAAAAAUGUACUGUAAAGUGCGUUGCGUGGUCAUCAAGAUUAGAAAAGUGCUAUAUAAAUACAAAAAAACAAGGACACACGCAUCAUAUUUGCUGUUCGGGUUUGACCAGGGUCUAAUACUGAAAAUGGGGCUUUUGACGUUCAAACUCCUUCUUGCCUCGUCGUAUACUAUCAACACCGAAUGGGUCACUGGACUUUUAGUUUUUAAUGACUGUCAUCAUGUUUCCUCUCUGAACCAUGUGUUCAGGUCCGGCUUGCUUCUGGUAGGGGCCAGAGUCUUAUGUUCUCAGGAACUUAGAAACAGAACCUUCGGCGAGGCCGGGUUGAAUUAGUUUGAUGAUGUGUCUGAAGACAAUACAGCACUUUGCCCUAAAAUAUGUACUAAACCCCAGAUUUCCUUCUGUACAGCUAAUAGAAUGAGACUGUGUUUGAUGUUAUUGCUGAAGACAAUGAAUGCCAGCGUGCGGUCAAUGAGUUUCGAUCUCCUUAAUGUAUUUAAUUCCUUGUUUACAGUGGAGGAGACAUCCUCCUCUCUUUCAUCCAUUCUAAUGAGAUAUGUUAUCUCCCUGUCAUUUUGCAUUGUUGCUACGUCGACCUGCAUCCUUUUCAGCAUCCACAACUCAUGUUAGCCAAAAGCUGCACAA